UUAUCCGGAAUAGGCGGAGCUUCCGGUUCCGGUGGGGCAGUCUGUAGCGAAGGAGAUGGCGGCGACAGCAGCGGAGGCCGUGGCCUCGGGCUCUGGAGAACCCCGGGAAGAAGCUGAAGCCCCCGGCCCAGCCUGGGAUGAGUCCCAACUGCGCAAUUAUAGCUUCCCGACCCGGCCCAUCCCGCGUCUGAGUCAGAGCGACCCCCGGGCGGAGGAACUUAUCGAGAAUGAGGAGCCUGUGGUGCUGACAGACACAAAUCUUGUGUACCCUGCUCUGAAAUGGGACCUUGAAUAUCUGCAGGAGAACAUUGGCAACGGAGACUUCUCUGUGUACAGUGCCAGCACCCACAAGUUUUUGUACUACGAUGAGAAGAAGAUGGCUAAUUUCCAGAACUUUAAACCCAAGUCCAACAGGGAGGAAAUGAAAUUUCAUGAGUUUGUUGAGAAACUGCAGGAUAUACAGCAGCAAGGAGGGGAAGAGAGGUUGUAUCUGCAGCAAACGCUCAAUGACACCGUGGGCAGGAAGAUUGUCAUGGACUUCUUGGGUUUUAACUGGAACUGGAUUAAUAAACAACAGGGAAAGCGUGGCUGGGGACAGCUGACAUCCAACCUGCUGCUCAUUGGCAUGGAAGGAAACGUGACACCUGCUCACUAUGAUGAGCAGCAGAACUUCUUUGCCCAGAUAAAAGGCUACAAGCGAUGCAUUUUAUUUCCUCCGGAUCAGUUUGAAUGCCUGUACCCAUAUCCUGUUCAUCACCCGUGUGACAGACAGAGCCAGGUGGACUUUGACAAUCCUGACUACGAGAGGUUCCCCAAUUUCCAGAACGUGGUUGGUUAUGAAACAGUGGUUGGCCCUGGUGAUGUUCUUUACAUCCCAAUGUACUGGUGGCAUCACAUAGAGUCAUUACUAAAUGGGGGGAUUACCAUCACUGUGAACUUCUGGUAUAAGGGGGCCCCCACCCCUAAGAGAAUUGAAUAUCCUCUCAAAGCCCAUCAGAAAGUGGCCAUAAUGAGAAACAUUGAGAAGAUGCUUGGAGAGGCCUUGGGGAACCCACAAGAGGUGGGGCCCUUGUUGAACACAAUGAUCAAGGGUCGAUACAACUAGCCUGCCAGGAGUCGAGGCCUCCUGCCAGGUGACUGCUAGCCCGUCCACACCGCUUCAUUGAUGAGGACAGGAGACUCCAGGCGCUAGUAUUGCACGCUGCACUUAAUGGACUGGACUCUUGCCAUGGCCCUGGAGGCAGGUGUUUGGGGCAAGGCAGGGUGGUUGGCACUCCACUCCCAUUUGGAGGGACUUCUUGCCCUUGCCUCUGUGCCCCAGCAUCUUCCCUCUCUGCCCCCUAAGGUCCUGCAUUCAGUGUGUGGAGUCCCAGCUUCUGGUUGUCAUCACAUCUGUGUGUGUCAGUCUGUCACCCUCAGGAUGUGUGUGCGUGUGUGUGCAUGCACACGCGUGUAUGUAUCUGUUUCUUGCUUUCUCCUGGGUCAGGAUGGCGCUGCUGGCCCUCAGCCCUGUCUCCUGCAACCUCAGUGCCUCAGCCUGAGAGAGAGGAGAUGGUCUUGGAUGCCCACCACACCUGGGCUGCAGGGCCAGAGCUCUCCUGACCAUCAGGUCAGUCUGCCUCCUUCCAGUUUUUGCAGAGUCAGGCUCUAGGCUGGGUGGGAAUGGCCACCGGGACUCUUCGUGGGGAAAGUGAGAGGGAGGCUUGCCUCUAUGAGCCUAGGUAGGCUUCCUGUGAGAGAAUUAGACAAGGUUCUGACUCGGACCUUUAAGCUCAAGCCAUACAUAGAAAACAGCCUUGGGAUACGAGAACCAAGGAUUAUGUAUAAGUUCCAAAUUGCAGACACAUACAGCUUCUCUCUUUCAGCACCAGCUCUUGGCUCCCUGUGCUGAGUACCAAGGGAGUCCUCCUGUAGUGGCUUCUCUAGGUUCUAGGGGUAUAAGCCUCUGUGGAUGUGUGUGUGGUGUGUGUGUGCAUGCAUGUGUGUGUCCACACUGGCCUGCCUCUCUGCUUACCAGGUUUCUCCACUGCUUAACCUUGUCCAGUGGGACAGACAGUGUGAGCUCCAGGGAAGUACCGCCUGACCUAGCCUAAAGCUUUUAUACUUAGUUUUAGCCAUUGGACACUCUUCGGGUCUCACUGCAAACUGCCUGAGGCUGACUGGCUAGAGCGUCCAGGCCCUGUGACCCUCACUCCCCAGGCCAUGUCCUCUUCUGCAGUCCUUCCUGGCUGAGUAGAUGAAAUGGGGUCAAGCUUAGGCAGCUAACUUGCCACUGUCAUCCACCUCAGGGCAAGGACAAAAAUGUAGCCUUGCCUCUUAAAGCCAGCGCCUCUGCCAGACCCCACUGUAAUGUUCCACAAACACUCUUGAAAGUCAGGGCAACCGAUGGAGCACAGAAGUGGAAUUUUUUUUUUUUUUCCUGUUCAUUGUUACUUGUGGGAACCCGUGUCAGGGCCGCAGCUUAUAGCUGGGCACUGCACCACUUGAAGGGCCAUCAGUCACGUGACUCAGUGGAACUGGGGCCCCUGGAAUUGGGCAGUGUGGUGGCCCUGUGUCUUCUCACCUCCAGUCCCAUCUCCAUGCCCCUUCUUCCUGGAAGGAAAGAGGAGCUGGAGUUGGAAAACUGAUUUUAUUCCCCCCCCCCCUUUUUUUUUUUUUGCCAAAGGUUUACUUUCAGUGUCUGAGCUGUGGCUCUAAGUCCCGAAGCUCAGUUUACAGUUACAGCGCACUGAUGGACUGAGAGGGUGUGUGUAUGUGUGUGUGCAUCUGUGUGUGUAUUUUGGGGAGGGGCGUCUAUUUGUAGUGCCCCAUUCCGGGGUUCUCUGAUGCAGCGUGGGUGUGCAAACACGGUACCUUCUCAAGUGUAGUUCUUUCAAAUAUAGCCAAUGCUGGAAAAUAUGAUUGCAGUGAUCUCCAUCCCUCUAUCUCUUUUGGGAAAGAGGAGCGCAGCAAAGAAAAUAAGGCAGACAGAUGAUAAACUUGACCACAGUCAAACUUUGAAAGAUAGAUUAUUUUCAUUUUCCUUAGCAGGUCUGCUGCAUUCCUGGCUCAGCCCUCAAAGAUGAGGGUGACGUACGGCAGGAGGCAUGUGCCACUCAGCUGGUCCUUGCUGGGUGCUGUGCUGACACAGGUCUGACCUAAGGCUACCAAGGGGGAGGAUCCUUUAUAGGAUUGGUCCUGAUCCAUGGAUAAUAUAAUAGUGACCCUGAUAGUUAGACACCUGCCUAGUGCUCUCAUCUUGUUCCUCACUAUCCUGCAAGGUGGGUAUUCUCACUUCACAGCUAAAGAGAUGGGUUCAGAGCAGUUUCAGUGAUUAAUGGCAUUAAGGAUUUAAACCUAGUGCUAUUUGGCUGCAAACCCCCUGCUCCCUUUCCACCAAAUUGUUGGUUCUCCUACCUUUCCUCCUCCUCUGCACUACAAGCCAUCCUCGGAUCUCACCCCGCUGGGCAGUGCCCAAGAAGAUGCAUGAGAUACAGCUCAGGGUAAAAGCUCUUCUGGGCUCCAGCUAAAGACCUCUUGGGAAAACUACUGGGAAGCCCUGUAGAGUGCUGGGAGGAGCUGUGGGGAAAUGGAGUUCUAGAUCCUAGUGCAUUUUUUGUGUGUCCUUGAAUGAGCCCCAUAAUUUCUCCCAGCACACGUCUGCACCUAUGAGAUUGAAGGUUCAGUUCUAGAUAAUAACUAAGAACAUUGAUUCAUGUUCUGCUGCUUCCCUUUCCCCCAAGGAAGAGAUCUAGGCUCCUUCCCUCACUUACUUAGAUUAGGGCUGUUCGGGCUCAAAUUCUCCUUGCAGCUGAGGAAACUUACCUGCUCUGUUGCUUACUCCUGUGCUGGCCAGCAGUGUAGAGGCAGACACACCAAGGGAAGGUGGGCCUUUGGGCCUGAAUGGAGGUCAGCCAUAUUGCAGGCUCCCAUUUUUAUACCAGCAGGUACACAGGAAACUACUGUUUUGUGAAGUCAAAUAUUUGUUGGGGGGUUGGAGUUCGGGGGAGGGAGGGGGGCUGUUCUGGGCAUCAGUUGAGCAGAUGCCCAGGAUGCCUGGGGGAGACCAGCUUCCCGUACAAAUCAGAGCUCUAAAUUACAAGGUUUUUACCAACGCGAACAGUUGGGGGAAGUCGUCUGCUCUCAUUUGCGUAAUGGUUUCUGUCACUGGUGAUUAGACACAGGAUGAAGGAAAAGAAAUUUGACAAUUAGGAAUGAGCGAUCAUUAAUCUGAAUCUGUUAGGAGACAGAGAGGGGAAGGAUCCUUAUCAGUGGGCCAGCCCAGUGUGGGGAGGCCCUCCCUCUGCCCCCACCAGAGACUCUUGGGCCACGUACCCUUUCGUUGUUCCCACGAGCCGACUGAGCUGAUAUUUCUUGACAGGCUAGGUGGGCCCAGUCCCCAGCCUGAGGUGGAUACAGGAAUGGACGCGUAUAGGCAUGAGCCAUCAAAGAGAGAGAGAUGGGUGUCCAUUGCAAGUGAUAGGGCAAAGGAUAACAACAGAAUAGUUGUGACAUGCUUGCUGUUUGUGGAAAAAUUUUUUAAUUCAACACCCCAGAUACCCUUCUUGUGACAAGUAUUUGUUAUAUUCUAACGCUACAGGGUGUGGAGAAAACCUAGUUUUUAUCCUGUAGGAGCUUCUACUUAGUUGGAGAGGAAACCACAUGAAACAACCAGGGGUUUUGAAGCCAUGAAUCGUGCGCCCUGUGAGGACAAGAUGAGAGAUUGUUGAGAGAUGAGGAAGAUCAGUAGAGAGCAAACCUCUGGGCUCCCCAGGGAGUAAUGUUGAUUCUUCCCAGUCAGUUCAGCCGUAGUUGUUGCGUGGAGGGCACUGAGGCCCCACCCAGAUAUGUGAACAGGUAAUGAGAUCACCUCCAGUGGGCUGAGUUGUAAGGUGUGGAGAGUCCCAACCUGGAUCUUCCCAGGUCUCUGUGGUACCUGUGUUCAUUCUUCCUCUGUCUUCAAACUUCAGGGACUGUAUUAAUUUGCACUAGUUGGUAUUUGUUCCUCAGUUUUGUGACUUGUAUGUGGUGGGUUCCUUAGAUUAGAAGCUCCCUCAAAGAUUGGGGAAAAGGGUGGUUCCUUGUCUCCUGUCAGAAUGUGAACUUCGCAGACAGGACUGUUUCUCUUCCUUGAUAAGUUCCCUACCUCUGUGGCUUCUACCCUUCCAGAUCGGAUGCAGAGUUUAGUAGGGCUGCAGGGAAUGGCCCUCAGUGACUAGUUUUACCCAAAUAGGAUGGAUGCCGGGGUGCACUGAGAAGUGGCUCAUGGGGUUCCAGGGGCCCUGGCCUUUCAACCCUGUUCUUGUCCUUCCCUGGGACCUUCGGUGCUCGUUCUCCAGUCCCUGCUGACUUCUCUGGUGUCCUCUCAAGCUUCCUGCAUUGAAGAGAUGUUCCAGUUUCCCUUUUCAGGGCUCCUCCAGUUUCUCCUACUCAGCCUCCCUCUGUCCAGUCUCCACCAAGGGCCUUUUUCCUGAACGGGUGUUGCCCUCUCUUCAAAAGCUACGUCCAUGGCUGCAAGUGUUGGGAUAGAGUUUCUCUAGGAUCCCUCUCCCUGGGAUCAGCCCUGAGCAUGUUUGAGUCAUCUUCUCUUCUGACCUGCGGUUAGUCUGUUUGUUCUGUGCCUACUCUGCCCACGUAGCAUUCCUUUGUUCAUUCUGUGUAGCCUGUUUAGCUUUUCUAACUCUGGUGGCUCUUCUGCUAGUCUUCAGCCAUCUGUUUAAUCCUCACAGGUCUUGGGGUCCUUAGUGGAGACUGAGCACUUUUGGUGCGUUUUUAGGGGACGAGGCCUUAGACACUAGCAACCAUGAGGCCUGAGGAUCUAUGGCCAGUGGCGCCUCCAAAGAUGGGUGAGGGGAGGGUACCCAGAGUCUUGGAUAACGGAGAAUCAUGAGGAGGGAUUGGGUAGGAGAAUCCCCAGGAGUGGGGCCAGGCCUGGCAAGCCAGGGUGGAAGAAGCAGUUUUGUGUUUCCAUCCGAAUGCAUCUGUGUGCCUUACGGUCCAGCAAGCAGUUCAGGGAUUGUGGUCAUCUUGUGGAUGUCUCCUGGUCUGUGAUAUCUUUGGCUAUGCUCUGAGUCACCAAGUUUGGCUGGUCUCCGCAUUUCAGCGCUUGCUGGGACGGAAACAGCAUGUUGAGUAGUUUUGUGUCUGGAGCGAAGGUCUUCGAUGAGACAAGCCACGGAAGCUGGGAUAGCAGGUGAGGGACCAGUGGUCAGCUUACCCAGAUUGUCUUUCCACUCCUCCAAGUGUUUAGGCACAAAAACUGAUUAAAGAAGUGAAAAAAACUAGGCCUUGCCUUCUUCCCCACCCAAAGUCUGGGUUUUAGGUAGUAUUUUGGGAAGGGGCAUGUGUCCUUACCUUCCAAUAGAAGCAACCUAGCAUAGUGUUUUAAAGCAUGGAUUUUGGAGUCAGAUGUGUUUGGUUCCGGUUCAGAUUUCUAGCUUUGCCACUUAUCAGCCAGGUUUGACCUUGUUGAUUGACUUUACCUCUCUGAGCCUCAGUUUCCUCAAUUACAAUGAUAUGUGUGGGGGGCGAGGGGGAGUGUUGAAAACAUCUACCUCAGGGUUGUUGGAUUAACUGAAACGAUGUUUGUAAAGCUUUAGCACGUACCUGGCAAGCACUUAAUAAAUGGCUGUGGUGGUGGUGGUUACGUUUAUUAUGUGACUUAUUCAGAAACUUUAUUUCAGUGAUUUGUGAGCAGAUUUCCAGUGAUUUUUUUUUUUUUUCUCUCAAGAAAACCAUAGGAAAGAACAAGGAACAUGCCCUGGAGACACCCACAUCGAGUCGCAGGCAGACAGAAGGGCUUUGGUACCCAAACCUGUCCUAGAAGGAGGGAAACAGGGAAAUGCCUGAUGCCUUCUGUCUAGACAGCCAGACUUUACCACUCUCAACACCAGCCCAAGGCCAGGGUGAGAAGUCAUCAGGUAUGAGCUCUCCUUACGCUAUGUGAGGAGUGAGGGCAUCUGAAAGAGUUUCCAUCACCCCUGUAGAAGCUCUUGCCAGUUUCCUACUGUGAGACACCAAGGCAGUCAAGUCCGACCUCCUUGGUUCAGUUUUAUUCCAUGCUCUUCGCUGUAUUUAAAUUAUAUGUGUAUUAAGAUAGCUCUGGGGUAGAGGGGCUUUUAGAAGAGAAUCCAGAAAAAUAUCAGACUAGAAUCUUAACAGCUGCCAUUUGUGGAGUGCCCUGGAGCAUUUCUGUUCCAGACCCGGUGCUAGUUUGUGCCUGUGUGCUCUCAGUUCAGUGGGGGCACCAACCAGGCAGUUAACAUUACAGAUGUGCAAAGGAGAAGCUAGGUGUUCACAGCAGGCUUCCUGCAGGAAAUAACAUAGGCUAAGCUGAUAUCUAGAAGUUAACCAGAGGUUGGGGAGUAGCGAAAGGCAUACCUUUCUUCUCUGGCUUCUCUCCCAGUUCCCAAACAAACCCUCUGCUCCUCCAUGUUUAAGGGUUCUGUUAAUAACACCUAGAAAGGAGCCAGAUGAUGGACCCUAAAAGAAGAAAACCCUUUGGUUAGCCACAGAAAUCUUUGGAAAUCAUUUUGGUGGCUGGCCCAAGUUUGUCCUGGAGUACAGAUGGAUUGGACUUGCUCCCUUGCAACCUUUCCACUGUCCUCUUUCUCAGAAAUCUGUCUGCAUUCUGGCCUCUGGAGCCACUCUGCCACCCUACUUGGAAGAGAUGCUGGAUACUCAGAAGUCAGCCCGAGGUAUAUUCUGGCUGCCUGGAAUUCUCAGCUUCUUCCACACUGACAUCCUCCUGAUUUCUUAGGUUUUGUCUCCCACUUUGAGCCACUCCCUUCCUCCCCACUAUGAGCUGAGCCUCUCUGUAGUGCCCCCUCUGUAGCCACACACAACCUCUUGCCUCUAACCUUGGUCCCCAGCCCCAUGGGUGAAGAAGACCCCUCUCUAGCUUGUGCCAAGUCAUUCCUAGACUAUAGGCCAUUCUGUAGUCGCUUUGCAUUCACCUCUUCACUUCUAGAUUUCUUUGGCUCCGGGCCCUGAAAGCCUUCUCUUUGGUCCUUAAGGGCAGCUCUACUCCUUAACCCAAAAUGUAAGCUAUAUCUGGGCUGGGUAUUUAUUACCUCUCCAAUAUAAAGUGUAUAGUGCAACAUAGGGUAGUGAUUGAGAAUGAGGGCUCUGCAUACCUGACUUUGAAUCCUAGAUCUGUCAUUCUGUAUGACUUGGGCAAAAUGACAGACUGCUUGUAACUCCUUCAUAUAUAUGGGGAUAACUACUACGUUGCCAAGGCUAUAUGAAAUACGGUUUGUAAAGAAAGGCUUAGCAGAGUGACUAUUUGAUAGCAAGCGUCAGCCCUUCUGUCUUUCAAAGGCUUCACCUCUUCCUCAUCUAGCUUUCCAGCAGCAGGUCCUGCUUCCAGUCUCAGGGUAAGUCUAGUUGUCAACUCAUGAGCAGAGCAGAGGUAUGAACUUUCCUGCUUAUGUUACGAGUCCCUGCCCCUUCUCGGUGACCUGAUUCACAGAACCCUAUCACACCACCAUCACUGGGAAAUGGUCUUCCAGAAUCUCUCUUCUAUAAUAUUAAAACAAUGGCAGUGACAGUAGAAAAUGUCAGAACUGCUGCCAAGGGGUAAGAGGCACUGAAGGUGUGUGCAAGCUGGCGGCAUCACAGGCAGGGACUUUGAGGCAAGGAGAUUGGUGCAGAGGCCACCAUACUAGUUGAUAGGCAGCAGGACCAUGGACUUAAGAAGGUUCCCUCUAAGUUUUCAAAUAGUGAGCUUUUGACAGUGGUGGUUGAGCAACAUCCUACCCACUUUAUAGUCAGUUUGUGGUCCUUGAUCUCACAAGGGUUUGUGUGAUGUCUUAAUAAGAAUAGAGGCAUUAGAUGUGCCUCCCGGGUUUGAAAUCCCUAUUUGCUGCUUCCUGCUUCCAUCCUUAGGUGAGUUGAGGGUUCUUGGUCUUGGCUUCUUCACCUGUGAGGGUUGGGAAAUAGCACAUGGCUUGCAAUAUUGUUACACGAGUACGUGGGAAUGUUGUAAAAAUACCAAUUCAGUGUGGGCACUUAGGAAGUGGUUUAUUAUGAAGACCCAAGUGUCUUUGAACGGUGUUCAGUUAGUAUUUGGAGAGAAGGAAACUGCUGGCAGCAGGGCCUUUUGGAUCCUACUGACUCAGGAUACCACACCUGAAGCAGAAUCUCACAGGAGAUGGCUUGGUGGAAGAGCAAAAUGGAAAAGAUCAUAAGGCUUUGGAAGAGCCUGAAUGUCUGUGGGAGGAAGGGCUGGGGACAAAGGUGGUUUUGCCAGGACGGGGUCUUGGGGAACAGAAGCAGAGACCUAAGCUCUAGUUUACCACCUAAUUCCCAGAAGGAGAGAGGAAAUGGGACAGGAGAGUGUCUGUGGAGGACACUGGCUGAGUGAAAAGGAAACAAGGUUCAAGGGCAGUGAACCUACAUGUAGAUGUACUUUUCACAGGCUGGUUGACUUUGGGGAUGUUUGUGUCUAUGCUUCAGUCUUCAUAUUUAAAAUUGGCUAAUACUGCUACUACCUUGCUUACAGUAUAGAUGGGACAGUAUACAUGAAAAUGCCGUCUAAACAGAGUACUGUGUGUUUGUUGUUGGGUGGUUGUUGGGGUGAGGGUCUAGGAGAGCGUUUCCAGAAUGGAUGAGUUACAGAAUUGCAACAGUUCACAGGUUAGAGCCUCCCACGUUUUCAGGAGGAAGUAGUAAAGCAGCGUUUCCCACCAGUACACUGUUCUUUCAUCCUGCCAAUGUUUGACUAGGAAGGAUUUUGAUUAAAGAAGAAAAAGCAGUGUGGUGAGAAAGGGCAGUUUUGGAGUUGGCAUGGACUCGGUUUGAAUCUUGGUUUUACCAUUCCCAGCAUUGAGAUGGUCAGAUAACUUACCAUCUCUGAGUUUUGGUUUCUUAACAGGCCUCUUCAUGUGGCUGUUGGGAAUGAAUGAGCUGCCUCACUGCCUAGUACCUAUCUAGUAAGUGCCCAGUAAAUGUUUGUUCCCUUUCUUUCACUUCUUUUCCCCUUAGACAAGAAAGCUUCAGUUUACCCAGCAUAAAAGGGUCUCAGUUAUCCAUACCUUAAUAGGAACAAGUAAUACCAGAUUUCUAGGGUGAGAUCAGUUGCCCUUUAAGGCAAGAAAAAGGCAAGGGAAGAAUUGUGGAGAAGGGGGCACAAUCCCACAGUGUUGAGGGUGCAGUACGGGGACUCUCAUUAUUGAGUUGGUACAGGGGUGGAUGAACAAAGGGUGACGUUGAGAGGUGAGAAUUUCAAGAAAGAAGGUGGGUGCUGGGGCACUUGGUUGGCUCAGUCGGUUAAGUGUCUGACUUCGGCUCAGGUCAUGAUCUUGCAGUUUGUGAGUUCAAUCCCCGCAUCAGGCUCUGUGCUGAUAGCUGGGAGCCUGAAGUCUUCUUCGGAUUCUGUGUCUCCCUCUCUUUCUGCCCCUCCUUGCUCACACUCUGUUUCUCUCUCCCUCAAAAUAAAUAUUAAAACAUAUUAAAAAAAAAAAAAAGGUGGGUGCUGACUGCUAGAGGGAAAGCCAUUCGAGCAGAGGCUGUAUGGAGUGGAGGACAGAGUGAACUAAGGGUGAGAAGACCAGAGUUCUGCCAGAAGAACCUUAGGAAUAGUGACUAAAAGUCAAAGUUAUGAAGAUGUCUUGCCUUCAUCCAGCUAUCAUUUCAAUACCUGUAAGAGUUGUGGUCCUCUCAGAAAGGAAGAAUAUAAAAAGAAAGCAGUUAUCCUCAAGAUGGAAAGACAUGUUGUUGUUUUUUAAGUAAUCUUUAUGACCAACGUGGGGCUUGAACUCACAACCCUGAGAUCAAGAGUCACAUGCUCUACUGAGUGAACCAGCCAGCUGCCUCAAGAUGGAAAGACUUCUAGAUGUUUUUAGAGCCAAGGAUAUGCAUUACCCCAACCAGGGUAUAUGGUAGCCCAGUUGGGGUUCUGGUCUUCUGUGAGAAAAUGCAGUUAGGUACUGAAGAGCAUAGAACUCAGGGAUGAUUUGAGUGGCCACCUCUUUAAAUAAUGGAGGUCCUUUGGUAGGUCUUUCCAGAGGCUACAAGUAGGACUUUCUGGGUCCCAUCUUACAAUUCAGUCACUGGUCCAACCAGAGUUUCUGGUUUACACCUUCAGCCAUCUGAGAAGGUGACCUCAAAACUAUAUAGGGCAGCAUCAGUUGCCUCUUUGAUAGGUAGGCACGAAUCUUUUAGCACUGGAGGACUUAGAAUGAAGGCUAGUAGUGUUUAAUUAAGAACAUCAAAGCCACAGCAUUACUACAUUUGCUUUUAAGGAAUCUAUACUUUUUUUUUUCAUUUUUAAGUUUAUUAAUUUUGAGAGAGAGCAGGCCAGCAGGGGAGGGGCAAAGAGAGUGGGAGAGAAAGAAUCACAAGCAGGCUCCGAGCAUUUGGCACAGAGCCUGUUGCAGGGCUCCAUCUCACAAUCACAAGAUUGUGACCUGAGCCGAAAUCCAUAGACGCUAAACGACUGAGGUACAGAGGUGCCCCUGUGCCAUUUGUAUUAAAGAGUGUUGAGUAAUUUAUUUAGGCUUGAAUCUUAUGUUGAAAUCUUGCUAAGUUUCUAUAUAGUUUUGGAACAUUUUAAAUGAUUUAAGAUUUGCUAUAUUUAUAAACUUAAUUUAUUGGAGACAUAAUAAGUACUUGGGAAGGUUUAUUUCAGUCAGAUAAAUGAAGCACUUGAGGAAAUCAAAUACAUUAACCUUCCAUUAAACCAAAUUCCUUUGUUUCAUAAGCAAAACUAAGGUUUAUGUAACUCUGAAAGUUGAAUAUACCUUUUAAAACUAAUAUCUUAAAACUAAUAUUCUCUACACAAAAGUCACCCAUAUGGAUAUCAGAAAACUCAGGGAAUGUAGUAUUAUCACAAAGCCAAGUCUUUAGCCUCUCCAAGUACCAGGUAACUGGCAGCAGUUAAUUUGGCCAACAUGGGUCAAAUCAGAAAUACAGACAUGUUUUCUUAAAGUUUUUUUAAUUAGCAUUUAAAAUCAAUUUCCAUCUAAAAAGCCAGAUUUUGGCCUGUCUAGAAAAUCAAAAGAUCUGACAAUAAAAUUUAUAGGACAAUUGGCUGGAGCCGAGUAGCUGCCACUCUUUUGGGGGUGUUUCUUCCAGUUUGCUAUAGUCACUGUGUCUCUGGUUUGUCUGGUUUAUCCCUGGUUUGUCUCAUUUCUGUGGCCUGUCUGGCCCCAUAGAUUUUUAAGCAUGUGACCCCUGAACUAGAGGUUCUGAGGUUUCCAACAUCUGGUUCAUAGCCUUGGGUAAGGGCUCAGGAAAAGUGCAGGCCCCAACCUCCUCUCUGUUCUUGUCUGCACUCCAGCUAGGCUGUCUUCCCACCUGGAUUGGUCCCAGGAUGGGAUUCAGCCCCUCUAGGAAAUAUGUGAGAAAUUUCCAGGCUCAGACUUCCCUGUUUUGAUGCUCUUUUCUAUGACCAGACCAGUUCCAGGCCUUUUCUUGCCCAGACAUUUUGCCUAGGCACUUAAAUCAUGUCUCAGUUCUUGUGAAUUUCCUGAUCACCUUUAUAAUUUGACCACAGCCUCACUUUGGUUUGGUGUGUGAGGGUUCCUCCCCUCCCCUCCCCCCCCCCCCCCCGCCCCCGCCCGGGUUCUCUGCUUUAGAUUAUACCUGCUCUCUCUAGCCUGAGGUAUGGAAGAUUACUGACAGUUCAGGAGACAUGAGAGGUGAGUUUUGGAUUUUCAAGAGAAAGAGGCAGAGGCCAACCAUAGUUUAGGGAGGCAACUAGUAGCUUUUUAGAGGAGGGAGGCUACUGCAUAUAUGUGAAGGCAGAAGAGAAGACAGGAGAGAACUUAGGUGUGAGGAUAGGGUCUCAGAAGGCACAGGGUGAUAAGAUAGGAAAUGGCAAUAGUUGCUUAAACUCAGGGAGAUCCUGAAGCUCAGAAAUAUCUGCAGAGACAAGAGAUACAGGAGGGAGCACCACUGGGGGCCUGUAAUCUCCUAAUGUUACAAUUAAAUAAAUAGCACUAUAUACUUUGGAAAGAGGGCAUAGUCAUGAUAUUGGGGUCACAGCCUGGGGCAAGAGAAAUUUCCACCAGUGCAGCUGAUAGCCUCUCACAGUAUCUGUAGACAUAGCAGAAACAUCUGAACCAAAUGGUCAUGUUGCUUGGUGAAGAGCCGGACCCAGUGAGGGCUGAUUAAUGGAUCCAUGUCCUCCUAGGCCAGAGGGAAGUCUCCAGCAGCAUGCUGUAGGGAUCAGUCUGGGCCUGUGUCCUGUCUGACAUUUUUAUUGACAACUGACCAAGGCAGCAGGUUCAUCAAGUUUGCAGGUGAUAGAGCUGGGAGGGGGCAGCUAAUACUUUGCAUGAGAGAGUCAGGAUUCAAAAUGAUUUCAACAGGCUGGAACACUGGGCUGGAACCAACAAGAUUAAAUUUAACAGGGAUAAAUGUAGAGUCCUGCACUUAGGUUAAAACAAAAUCAAUGACAUAAGUACUGGGCGGGGUGCGGGCCCAGCUUGACAGCAGUUCAUGAAGAAAGACCUGGUGGUGGGGGGGGGGGGUUAGUUGACUGCAAACUCAAUAGGAGUCAACCAUGUGAUGUGACUGCUAAAACCUCUAAUACAGUCACGAAUUGCAUUAACCAAAAAGCAGCCAGAUCAAGGGAGGCCAUCACUCCACUGCUUUCUCAGAUUGUCAGGCCACCUCUGGAAUACUGGGUCCUCUUUUCUAAAGGAGGUCAGUGACAAAUGAGAAUAUUUUGACAAGCAGCCAGCAUGGCAGUGGGCCUGACUACCUCCAGAAACUUUCUAGAAACUCGGGUGCUGAGCUUCUGGGAUGAAGAGCAGGGGUGUAUAAUCAGAACCCAAACAAAGAUACAAAGUGUAUCUCGAGCACUUCUCUGGAGGUUGGGAAAAAAUCUGGGAGUCUGCUUUCCUCCCAUCCUGUGGGUACCCACAGACAUUGGCCUGUGAGUCUCAUCCCAGGCCUUUCUUAGUCGGAGGACUAAGGGUUACUUCGAUGGGGUCUAGAAUGGGGAUCAGCAUGGGAGUAAGUAGGAAAUGGGGUAGUGAAGUGGGAAGGAAGCUGCACAUUUGCAUCUCCAGCACCACCUUUCAUCGUUCUCCCCCGGGAUGUGCAGUCCCCAUUUUGGUCACAACGUGGCGCCCUCGCUCCACAUGGAUCCUGAGCCAAUGGCGAGAGCGGAGUGGGUGGCCUGGCUGCAACUGCACCUGCACUUUCCGCACUCCCCACUAUGGGGAGCCCACGGGGGGGCACUCAGCUUAGUCGUGUUUGACUUGGGACUUCUGUGUGGCCAAGAAGACGACUGAGGUGAGGAAAAGCUUGCCCGGGCACAAACGUGUGGGAUCCAGAUGUGGCUCCUAUUACGGCCACAUACUCCAACCUGAGCUACUCCGCACAUGACCUCUUGUCUGCCCUGGCACGGAGCACAAGCUGCAGAGGGCUGCUUCUAUGGCAGGAGGGUUCCUGGGACACCAAGGACUCCAUCACAGUGGGAUCUGGGGUGAACCCAAAUCCCCCAUAGUGACUGGCUGUGUUACUGUCACCAACUUACCUAAGCUUUAUAUGUCUUGGGUUCCUUAACUGAAGUAGAAUAACAAUGCCAAGUUCAUGGAGUUGUUAAGAUUGAAUGAGGCAUCUAGGGCAAUGAUUCUGAACCGGUGUAGGAAUCAUGAGACAAGAUUGUAAAUGUGAUUUCUGACCCCACCACCAGUCAUUUAAUAGUUCUGGAUGGAGCCCAGGAACCUGUUUUUCUAGCCAGUUCCCCAGGUGAUUCUGAUGUUCAUGGUUCUCUGACCACAUUUUGAGAAAUUGACCUAGGACAUGGAAGGUGACCUAGUUAAUAUGCAUUAGUUCUUGGAGCCUGUAGGAGGGACAGUGGGGAUCAUCGGGCUGGGCUCGCAAGAGUACACAGGCUUGCUCUCCAGAUAACUGUAGCCUUGAUGGAGAAGGAAGAUGGGUCUGGAGAUGGGGAUAUGAUAUUAAAGCUCAAAAUGGAUGUUUGAGAACUGAGAAGAUUGGGUAUACUGAGGGCUAUAGAGGAAUUGGAGUGUUGGCACUAGGGCUGGGGGCCACUUGAUGGGGUGUUGGUGUAUUGGAGCACUGGGUGUAAUGUGUUGAAGGGAAUGGGGUUAGAGCGUACUGGGAGGGGAAGAAGCUGAGAGGUUGAGGUGGAGUACAUUGACGUUUUCUUGGAGGACUGGAGAUUGAGGUUUGUUCUGUCAUGAUGGUGCCAAGAAGACAUAAUGAUGGAGACUGCGAUGCUCAGUGAAGCCCCGUGGGGGCAGCCAUGCUUUGUGAUUUGUGAUGAGGCAUUGAGCUCAGCCUUCUAACUUUUUUUUUUUUUUUUUUUUUUUUUUUUUUUUUUUUUUUUUUGAGUAAGAGGGAGGAGGAUGCUCCUUAAGAGCUUCUGGGGGAACUUUCUUGCCCCCAGAGGGCAUAAGGGUGUGUGUGUGUGUGUGUGUGUGUGUGUGUGUGUGUGUGUGUGUAGGAGAAGGUUAGCUUAUGCAAUGAGAUUUUCAAAAGUUCCUUUCUGGAUUUCAUGACUGACUUGAAAGGAGUCAGUCCCCAGGACACACUCAUCUCCUCUGCCUACACACACAAUAACAUUUGACCUGUGUAAUUUCUCUUGGGGCUCAACUCCCCAAAAGGGGGCACUCUUGUCAGCAGCUCGCAAGCAUGUGGAUGUCUGCCAACUGAAAACACCUUCCGGAAACUCUGAAGACCUUCCCAGAGGAACAUUCUAGAAAGAAUCCUCAAAUUCAAAUCCUUGAACACUGGAGCUGGAAGAGAACUUAAAUACCAUCUGAUGCAGUCUCCCUCAGCUUGGUCCUGAGGGAUAGACACCUGUUGCGGACACUCUGGUUUCUAAGUUUCUGGGGACCCCAGAAGCUGAUGUGGGAGACGAGACUCACAGUGAAAAGGGAGACUCAGUAGAGUAGGGUUGUGGGUUCUGCCAGUAAACACCUAGGUCAGAGGGGGAUGAACACCUACAAAAGAAGGUUCCCUAGAGCGGGGUGACUAGGCUGCACUUUAAAAUGGGUAGGAUUUAUUUUUAGUUAUUUAUCUUCUAUAAUUUUAUGAAAAAAAAAUACUGGAUUAGAGGGUGGGACAUGUUCUGCCACAGAGGAGCAAAGCUACAGAGGCCUGGAUCCAUCUAAGGUUUGGGGAACAAUAAAGAGGCCACUUGGUUAGAGGUUACUGAUCACUGCUGGGCAGAGUGAGAGAAGGGCAGGAAGGUCUGGGUGCAGCAGGAGGUAUGAGGCUGGAGGCCAGAGGAAAGGAACUGGAUUGGGCUCAUUGCAGGGACACUGAGGAUCGAGUCUAAAGAAGCAAAUGAGAGUACCCAAGGAGAUGGAGAGAAGAGGGCUACAGGGACAGGUGUGAACAUGCCAAAGAAGCACUUCCCAGGGCAUCAAAAAUUUAACCAAGAGAGUAGAGGCAGACAUGGGGUGAUCACAGGCUUGAACUCUGAAGAGUUUGGAAUAGGAGGUGGGGGUAAGGAAGGUCAUUAGAGUCGGUGAUUAAGAAGUCAGCAGAAUGGUAGGGGCUAAAGUGAGUUGGUGGAGAAGAGAUCCGGGCAGCAAGGUAGACUAUAUAGGCUAUCCUUUGAAAAAUACAUGCAGGACUGGAGGCAGUCCAUUAUUUUGAAAAGCUACAGUGAAGCUUUGUUAGAGGUAGAGAAACAGAUUUGUGGACAGAGGAGAAGAAGCCAUUGGAGAGGAAGAGACUGAUGUCACUAGAAAGACAACACCGGGAAGAACCAGUUAUAGAAGGGAAAGGAAGGACAUGGAAACAGCCUAAAAGGUCAAAGCCUCAGAUGUGAAGAAAGGGGUGAGGUGAGGAACUCCAGUUGGACCCAGGCUUUGAUCUAAAAAUAGUCAUGAUUGAGGUCAGCUUAUUCAAGUAAAAGUGCCUGGGGUGGGGCUGGGCUGGAGGAACAUAGAAGAAGGCAAUGGUGGAAUCAAAGUAGUCUAAUGUCUAACAUGUUGCCCAGUGGUGCCAGGACACAGUGGAGCUGGGCUGGGGUUGGUCUUGGGCAGGGUCUGAAGCUGUGCCUUUGGGAGCAGGAUGGAGCAAGCCAGUCACAGUGUAACCAUAUUACAACUGUGUCAGGAGCCUAAAGGCCAGGACACCAUGAGGGCAGUGAGGGACCUUGCUAGGGGAACAGAGGGACAGCUGUCAGAUCCUGACCUACGGGGGCUUGAUGGAACAGCGGCAACCAUACAAUGUGGGGGUCAAGGGCCUGGAUUCAAAUGUGAGGAGUUACUGUUACUCCUUUUAAGUAUCUGAGAUGGAUUCUGAGUGGAGAGAAAAAUGUAAGGAGAUGCAUAAAGGGAGCAUUGCUUUGUACUAAACACUGUUCUAUAUAAAUGAAUUUAAUUCUCACAAGCACCCCCCCCCCCCGCCCAUGAAUUAGGUGCUAUUAUUAUUACCAUUUCACAAAUGAAGUUCAGAGAGGGAAAGUAGCUUGGCCAAGGUCACAUAGCCGGUUGGUAGCAGAAUUAGUAUUUGAAAGAUUUUUUUCUGACUCAAGUGUCUAUUUUCUGCUAUGCCUUUUAUUAGCUGCUUACCAGGUAGGUGACCUUGGAUAAGUUAACUUGAUUUCUCUCCUCACUUUCCUCAUAGAGAGUACUACUUACGUAAGGGGAUGCCAUUAAUUGGUAUUAUUUUAUUGUUGUCUUUGUCCCUUACUGCUUCUCAACAGAAACUGAAGACUUUGAGGAAAGUGAAGGAAGGUCCUGGGGCACAGGUCAUUUAGAGAGGGUCAGGUAGUGGGGGAAAGGUAAAAGAAUAGGAUCCAGCCAGUGGUUCUCAACCAGGGACAUUUUUGUUACCAGAGUGGCCUGGAGGAGCUAUUGGGUUUUGGCAUUUUGGUAGGCAGGACCCAGGAGUGUUAACAGUGGGCAGUCACACCCCACUUGAGAACAUUCAGGAGAAACCCAUCUGGGAAGGAUGCUUUGAGGUUUAACUCCGAAGAGUAGCAGUGCCAGAGAUUGGAGCAGCUUGAGCAAGUGCUGGACGUUUGGAAUGAACUUAGAGAUAUGUAGGGGCCUGGGAAGGAUCAGACCCUGGUGGAAGCAAGGCUCCCUAGAGGGGAAGGUGGAGAGGUCUGCAAAGGUAGGCUGGGGCCAACCCCCUUAAGGCCAGGCUAAGAGGUCUGGACACCGAGCAGGAGAGGUAGAGAGCUGUGGGGUUCUGGGUGAGGGGCAGGUUAUAUUUAGGAAGAUACUCGUGCAGCCAGGGAAGAGGUUAGGGAGAGUCUGGAGACUCGUUAGGGGAUUGAGGCCAAACACUGGCAAGAAACAGCCAUGAGCUGGACAGAGUUUGGGGUUGGAGUAAGUGGAAACACUAAGGAAACUCCCAGCAUGAAGAUGCAUGAAUGGAGAGUGGCUGGGGCUGGAUCUGGCAGGCACUGACCUGGGAGGGAAUUCUAGGGGAGGUGGGCUGGUUUGGGACCCAUGUCUGGUGUUUGGGACAUGGUGAUUAUGGUGGAUUUAAGGUGAUGAUAGGGAGGAGAGAGAUGUGAGGAGCCAGAGACACUGUUCGAAGUCAGGACUGAAGUACAGAUUUGGGAGUCAGUAAUCCACAUCUAUUGAGGGCUGUUCUUGUGGGGUUGCUGGUUGAAUUUGAAGUCCUACUUGCGGAUACAUUGGUCAUGGGAGAGGAUGUGAAGUGCUACAAUCUUCAGAUAGCCUGGCCUUCUCUGCACAUAAGGGAGGAAGAACUGCUGGGAGAGAGGCCAGGAUACUAGGAGGCCAAGAGCUUCCUGGAGGCCUCACUAGUGCCAGGCUCCACAGAGAAAAGGCCCAGGGUCUGACUGCUUUCAGAGCAAGUGACUUCAAGACAGCAGCAGGGUGGAGGGCAGAGUCAGGCAAUGGAGCCACUGAGGAAAGGGGGUGGUAGGUGAAGGUGGCUGGUGAGUUGGAGGUUUUGGAGUUCAAGAUGAGAGGGGCAGAACUGGGGUUCUGAAGGCAGGUUAAGAGGGUGUAUUUGAGAGAGGCAGUGGUGAGGCUGAUGGAGGGGGGGAAACCAGAAAGGAGGUUCCUCUAUGAUCUAAGGGGUUCCCAAGUAACUAUCCUCAACUUAGGUACAAAGUAAUGGAUUUUUCCAGACUCAAUCCUCUGGCCUUUCUCUGCACACUCCCCAACCCCCCAGUUUAGGCUAUUUCCUCUGUUCUUCCUCAAGAAACAGAAAAGAACAGGGAGCCCAUGUCCCGUAACUAUUCUGAUUCAUCUGGCUUUCCUACCCAGCCCUCCAGGCUCAGUGAUUUCCUGCGCCUUCAGUCUUCCCUUCCCCAGGAUACAGUUUGUUCCCAUUAGGUGACCUGACCAUAGAGUUUUUUCCUAUUUGGGAAAACCCAACGUGUGUGGGCUUUUCAGGAAGCUUGUAGACCACCCUGCACUCUGCUCCCCCUUCCUCCAUAAUCUGCUACUCCCAUUCAGGCCAGACUUGCUCUUUAUUGACUGGUCAAGUUGAUCACCUGUCCUUCUGGGAAGUGGUGCCCUGAUCCCUCCCUCAUCAGCUCUCUGGUGUCUGAGUCUGUCACCAGAGUUAGAAAUCAGCACAAAAUGUUGAAAACUCUCUUCUCUAGGACUCCUCCUCCAGUUGGGCUCAUUCAGUUCUUAUUGGUCUUUUCCUCUGUUGAUUCUGCAGGUGGGGUUCCACUUAGGUAACUUUGCAGCAUGUGCUCUGGUAUCUUACUGUUUUGGAACCAUUUUGCUUCUGUUGCAUUGUGAUAUUCUAGAAUGGAGCUAGAGAUCACCUAGUACAGAAGUUUUAAAGAAUAUAUUUUUUAAAGCUUAUUUAUUUAUAUUGACAGAGCAAAUGGGGGAGAGGCAGAGAGAGAGGGAGAGAGAGAAUUCCAAUCAGGCUUCACACUGUCAGUGCAGAGCCCAACACAGGGCUCGAACUCACGGACUGUGAGAUCAUGACCUGAGUCGAAACCAAGUCAAGACACUCAACCGACUGAGCCACCCAGGCGCCCCUCAAAGAAUAUUUUAAACUUUAGAUUCUUCAAUUCUGAAAAAACAUACAGCUAAAAGUAGAAGUGGCUUUUAUCAGCAAACUUGCUCACCCUUGCCCCAACCUUUGCCCACAGCAGCUUUGAUGCUCCUGAGAACCCCUAGAGUCCCACAGAACACAUUUUGAAAGUCUGAUGCCUUAAUUUAUAGGUGAAAAAACGGCCCAAAGAGAUGAAGGGACUUGCCCAAGGUCACACAACAAGAACAAAAACUCAGGAUUUUCUCAGAUCCCUCCCAGUUCUAGCAUUCUAGGACUUGUUAACUUCUAGCUGAGCUGUCUCUCUGGUGUUCUUUUAUGUUCUGUGUUGAUCAUUCAUUUACUUAGCAGAUGUUUAUUGAGCACCAACUAUGCACUGAGUACACAGGCCCUCUGGACUAUUAGGUACCAGUCCUGGUAGUGAAUGGAAGCAAAAGCAGUCACUGUCUGCCCUCAUAGGGCUUUUGGUCUAGUGCCAGAGGUAGAAAAACUACAUCUGUGGCAAGUACCACGAAGAAGAUCAACGGUGUGAAAAGGAGGACUUGUAAGUGGUUAUCAGUCCAUUUGAGCUGCUCGAACAAAUAUACCAUAGACUGGGUGGCUUAUAAGCAAUAGAAAUUUAUUUCUCUCGGUUCCAGAGGCUGGGAAAUCUAAGAUCAAGGUACUAGCAGACUUGAUGUGUAGUGAGGACACAAUUCCUGGAUCAUGGGAUGACCAUUCUCACUGUGUCCUCACUUGGUGAAAGGAGAGAGGAGCUCUCGAGUCCCUUUUAUAGGGACACUAAUCCCAUUCAUGAGGGCUCUACCUUCAUGACCUAAUCACUUCUCAAAGGCCCCACCUCCAAAUACAAUGACAUUGGGGAUUAGGUUUCAACAUAUGAAUUUGGGGGGGACACAGACAUUCAGUCUGUAGUAGCAUGUGAGAUUUAACCUAGUUAGAAAGUAACCUGGAGGCCAGAGCUAAAAGUAAACUGGGAGAAUAGAGAACCGAAGUGUUCCAGGUGGAGGGAGCAGCAUAUGCAAAGCCCUGUGGCCGGAGGGAGCGAAGUUGGUGGGGGAACAAGCGAGGCCAGAGUGUAGUGUGGGAGGCGGGAAUGUGGGCAGACAGGCGGCUGGCUCCGUAUACCAGAUGAGGCUACAAGGGCUGUUAAAGAGUGCUGGGGCUUUAUUCGAGGAUUAGAUUGUUUCGAAAAGAUGUCUCCAGUUGUAAAAGUUAACUGAAUGCCCUGUCCCCAACCCUGUCUCAACUGACUUCCUUUCAUUCCACCUCCUGUCUGCUUUUCUGACUUCAGUCACAUGCUGCUUGGGGUGUUCUCAGCAGGUCUAGUUUCCACUUUUUGUGGCAUAUGCAUUUCAGCUGUAAGGUGUACAUGUGCAUUUGGUGUGUGAGUGUGUUGCUACUGUAUCAUUUAUUCAUUCAAUAAAUAUUAAGUUAUUAAGUGCUGCUA